AUGUAUGACUCUCAGCAGGCAAUGACCUACGACAAUGGCCAGGCCGUCCCCGACGACCAGUACAUCUCCACAUUCUUCUGCCGCGCCCUAUACGACUACCAGACGAACGACUCCUCUUCCCUCUCCUUCCACAAGGGCGACAUCAUCGAAGUCCUCACGCGUCUCGAGUCCGGCUGGUGGGAUGGUCUUCUCAACGAUGAGCGCGGCUGGUUCCCGUCCAACUAUGUGGAAAUCAUUUCCGACCAGGAGGCGGAGGCCGCUCUGGGCGGGUCCGACUAUCCCUCCUCCCAGGCGUCCCUCCCUGACGACUCUAUGGUCGACAUGGCCCAUACAAUGCAGCAAAGUCUCUCGCAGAGUGAUCAGGAUGGUGACUGGCUCAACGACGAUGCCGACUACGCCCAGCAGCGCGCCCCGGGAUACGCCAACGGAGCUGCCGCGGCUGCCGGAGGGACGCAGCAUAGCGAUUUCUGGGUUCCUCAGGUGUCACCGGAUGGACGAAUAUUCUACGUCAACACGCAGACCGGCCAGCAGUCGCGAGACCUUCCUACGGAAGGCGAUGACGGGGAAGACCCUGAGGUUGCUGCCCUCUCGUCCCACUCUCGUGCUGGUCCGAAUGCAAACCUGGGUCUGGCGACGACGAAUGGGGGUGCCCACGAAGGUGCAGGCUUCGGCAUUCCCAACAGGACGCGGACGCCAGAACCGUGGAUUCGACGGCUCGCAGAUGACGGCAUGUCCUACUACUACCUCAACAAGGUUGACGGCAACAUCUCCUGGACGCUCCCCGAGUCUUCUGCGUCGGACGGUCCCCCCACAUAUAACGACGGCGAGCUCACCGCUCGUGAUGCGCCCUCUCGCGGUCCCGCAGCCGCGGCGUCCAUUCCUCGUAAUGGGAGCUCUAACGGGAUCUCUGGUCGCAUGCGGUCGGAGUCCUCAGUGUCUCGAACACGCCAACGCAGCAAUAGCAGUGCGGACCGCCUCAGUAUCCAUUCUGAUGAUUCGGAGAUGGGGAGCAGCCGUCCCAUCGUGCAGUCCAACGGAGCAGUCCCACGGUCUAACCAGCCAAGCACAGCGGCCCUUGAACUCACAGCGGCGGAGGAGUCGGCGAAAGCCCUCCAAGAGAGACUGGCCCCAACACCUCCCGAGACCGCAGUUGAGCUCUCGAAUCAAGUGCGGGAAUCCAUCUCUGCCGUCGUCGCCGCGGUACGCAACCUCCUCUAUGUCACUGCGACCCCCAGCGGCCAUGUUCCAAGCCACCUCUACCCCCGCGACCCUCGUGAUCCACGGCUAGCCAACAACGGUCAGACCCUUCAGUCCCACCUGAAGGCCGCUCACCGCAAGGUCGCCGGAACACUGUCCAAGCUUGUGCUCUCCGCUCUCGCCAUGCAGUACGACCCCGGUUUGUCGUCGUCCGACAAGCCAAAUAGGAUGGAGUCAGAUGUUGCCGAACUGGAGCGUGCGGUGGUCGCAUUCGUCGGAGAAGUACAGUUCUUCCAAGAGCAGCACUCUCUGUCGAACUCGCUGUCGAAGACGGGCGGGAAGCGGCUUUACGGCGCUUUCUCCAGCAUCAACGUUGGACUCGGGCUACCUGGAGCAGGUAUCGCCGCGGACUGGCAGGGAUACGGCUACGUCGCUCCCGAGGACGGCAGCAGCGGUCCGCGAAGGGUCCUGAGCGAUGAGGUGGUGAUUGAAUUCAAGGGGAGUCUGAAAGCGCUGGAGGCGCGAUUAGGCUCUCUGGUCAUCUCGCUCAGGUACUUGGACAACCACUCAGGUAUAGGGGCAAAACGCAUCGCUUUCCUCUCAGCCCUCUUACGGAUGCUCUGCGGCAUUAAUGUGGCACAACACGUAGACGUGGACGGCGUUCAUCCCGAGACUGGCUCUGCGUCUACGUCCCCACAGUACAUGCAGAUGGUGGACAAGGCUCGUGGCCAGAUGCGCAUCUUGGAGGCGGCGACGCAAGCGUUGUACGAUGAUGGUAUGGCGACCUUCCUCGCCGUACAAGCCCUCGGGCGCGCGGACCUCCUGGACCCUCGUGACCGCGCUUCCAUCGUCGCCUCGGCGGAGGCCGCGGCGCCCAUCAUCCGCUCCAACUGUGUCCUCGUCGGGCAGACGCUCGAGACCCUCCUCGCUAUCGGCCACGACCAGGCGUCGAUUAGCCAAGGCGACUACCGCCAGUCGAUCGAAUGGCGGCGGUCGCGGAUUCACAUGGCGGACACUUCAGCAUCCAUCGCUGCCCUCACGUCACAGAUGGAGCGGAUACCGAACAACGAAGAGGAGGAAUAUGUCGACAUGGCCACCGCCUUCACCACUACACGCACGGCACCUACCGGAGACUCCAUGUCCCAAGUUCCGUUCUACAGUGAUCCUCACCAACCGUCUCAGUCGUCAUUGGAGCUAUCGGACCGCACACGCUCGAAUAGCCUCACGGAACCCGAGACGCCAACGUACACGGACUCCGUCGAGAACACGCUCAUUGCGCCUCCGUCACCAGAACUGGGCGAUGAUCCUUUGGAUGAUGAGCGUGCUCCUUACCUGGACGACGACGACAGGUCGAUCGUGGGUUCCAUUGUGGGCAAAUCGCCGCCGCGCGGCGCGGGCAAGGGUAACAAGCUGAUGAAGAUUCUCGGUCCGGAGACGCCACAGCACUACAUCAGCCAGCUGAACGCGGAGCAGAAGCCGUGGUACCUCCGGCCGAACUACGACCCGAACGAGAUUCUUAUCGACCCUGAUGGUCAAGUACGAGCCGGUACUGCCAUGUCUCUUGUUGAGCGUUUGACGGCGCAUGAGGCGCUUGGCGACACUUCAUUCAAUAAGAACUUCUUGAUGACAUUCAAGUCGUUCAUGACUGUCGACGAACUGUUCGAGCUGUUGACGAAGCGCUUUUGGAUCACGUCACCCCCGAAUCUGAAGCCCACUGAACUGAGGAAGGACAUGUACAUCCUCAGUCGCAUGAAGGAGUUCGCUUCCGAAGAGGAGGUCGUCAGCUUCGCUGCUGCGAAGCAGCUCCUGAUCCUCAUCGAGCGUGCGCAACGCGGUGGUGAUGCGCCGAUCAAGACCAUGAACACCGUCCCGCUCGCACCGCCGGCCCCGAUUCUCCCCAAGACGACGAAGAAGCUGAAAUUGCUUGACAUUGAUGCGCUUGAGCUCGCUCGUCAACUGACGCUCAUGGAGGCCGCACUGUACAAGAAGAUUCGUCCCAUGGAGUGCUUGCAGCGUUCUCGGGAGUCGAAACCCGGGAAGAAUCAAGACAACAUCACGACUAUCAUCCAGCUGAGUAACAGAAUCGCGAACUGGGUAGCCGAAUCUGUUCUAGCAAGGGAAGACUCACAGAAACGAGCACGGAUAGUGAAGCAGUUCAUUAAUGUCGCUGAUAACUUUUCAACAAUGACCGCCAUCGUGUCCGGUCUGAAUACCCCUCCAAUUCGUCGACUCAAGCGGACAUGGGAACAAGUUAACGCGCGUUUCAUGGGUCAGCUGAAGACAUGCGAAUCUACCAUUGAUACCAACAAGAACUUCAACAACUACCGCCAGACCCUCGCGAGGAUUCAGCCGCCAUGUGUACCCUUCAUAGGUGUAUAUCUAACCACGCUCACAAGACAAGUGGCGGGGAACAUGAUCAACUUCCGCAAGCGGCAAAAGGCGGCUGAGGUCAUCCAGGACAUCAAGCGCUGGCAGUCGAAGCCUUACAACUUCCAGACGGUGGCGUCUGUGCUCACCUACCUGGAGGAGUCCUUCCAGUCCUACCUGGACGGGGUCGACUACGGCGACCAGUUUUGGAACCUUUCUCUCGAGCGGGAGCCGCGUGAGCGCGAGGACGAGAAGAUGGCUAGGCUGCUCCAGGAGAGUGGCUUCCUAUAG